GUAGGAUGUGCACCCUGCUGUGGUCCGAGAAAGCGAGCAUGCACAGGAGGAUGGUGUUCACAAGCUCAUCGAAAAGGCGGCGCUGGCUGAGCUGGAGCCUGCAAAGCACGCGCACGGGCACGAUGCCAACGCCGGCACCGACGCUAUCGGUGACAACACCAACGCGGGCCACAGCGCUGGUCCACAUGAGGUUGAUCUCGACCACGAGUUCCCGCGCGAUUACAAGUUUCCAGAUGCAACACACACGCGCAUGCACGGCCAUGUUGGUCUCAAGCCAGACGGCACCCCAGGAUGGCAGCCAUCACCGCCACCGCCGCCAACGAAACACGUGGGGCGGGAGCUGGUAGGAAACGGCUUCUAUGUCAAGCUCUCAGACAGUAUUCCGCUCGACCGCGACGUGCCAGAUCAUCGCUUGCCUGCAUGCAAAAACAUCCAGCAUGAUCUUGCAUCACUGCCGCGGACGUCUGUCGUCAUUGUCUUCUACAACGAGGCGUGGUCGCCCCUCAUGCGCAGCGUGCACUCCGUCCUCAACCGGUCACCGCCAGAGCUGCUGCAAGAGAUUGUUCUUGUUGACGAUGGCAGCGACAAGCCCUGGCUGCAGCAACAGCUGGAGGAUUAUGUGAAGUUAUUGCCAAAAGUGCGCCUCGUUCGCCAGCCGCACCGCUCGGGUCUCGUCAAGGCCAGGCUCAGGGGCAUUAAGGAAGCGCGCGCCAAGACAUUCAUCGUUCUCGAUUCCCACAUCGAGGUUCAGCCCGGGUGGCUCGAGCCGCUGAUGCACAACCUCGCCGAGGGCCGCAACAAGAUGGUCAUGCCCCAAAUCGACAGCAUCAAUCCCGAGACGUUUGUGCCGCAGGCGGGCGGAAUCGGCUGCUCUCUCGGUUUCCUCUGGACGUUAAUCGAACAUGGAAUCCCGCUGCAGGAACAAGAAAAGAAACGCAGGGCAGCAGAGACGGACGCGAUCCGGUCGCCGACGAUGGCGGGCGGUCUCUUUGGCGGACACACGGACUUCUUCUGGGAGAUUGGCGGUUACGACGAGGAGUGGGGCUUCUGGGGCACAGAGAACCUUGAGCUGUCCUUCCGGCUGUGGCUGUGCGGCGGCGUGCUCGAGUGCGAGCCGUGCUCUCGCGUCUAUCACAUCUUCAGGAAGGGCGGUGGCGCUUACAGCCUCCCAGGCAACCACGUGGUGAAGAAUAAAAUGCGCACGGCCAUCAUCUGGAUGGACGAGUUUGCAUACAUCGUCGAGGAAGCGCUUGGCCAUCCGAAGAUUGACAUUGGUCCUCUCGACAAGAUGCUCGACCUCAAGGAGCGCACGAGUCCUGGCUCACACGCGAAGAUGUCCAAGUGCCUCAACAAAAGCCCACAAAAGUGGAUGCUGUUUAAGGAGGCCGGGAUCCGCCCCCACGGCGAUCUGGAGAAGUGCGUCGUGCAGAACGAAAUGACGUUUUGCGACUGGCGACCGCGUGACGUCAAGUGGACAUGGACAGCAGACAAGUUGCUGAAGCAUGAUGCAACAGGCAAGUGCUACACGGCCGUCGCCAACAGCGAACCGGAACUCAGGCCCUGCAAUCCAGAUGACCCCGCACAGCAGUGGGAACUCGACAAAUUCGACAAGAACGUCGUGUAUGAUUACCUCAAAGCCGAUGCAGAGAAGCUUGGCAUUGCCGACCGUUACCUCAAGUACAUCCAAGGCGCAAAAACCGCGUGAUUCGUCGCAAGCAAGCAAACACUUGUGUGUGUGUGUGUGUGUGUGUGUGUGUGUGUGUGUGUGUGUGUGCCUGUGUCGGUUACCCUCUGUGCCAUUCAUUCAUUCCUUCUUGUUGUCUCUGUUGCGAAGCAUUCAAUCAGUAGAGAGUACACAAUCAGAAG